UAGUCUCAUGUUGGCUUAAGACACUUGCAGUACUUUCCCUAAACAACCGUGGACUAGCUAGUACAAUUCCUGUCUCAUUCGGUAAGGGGAGGAGACAAGCCGUGUCAUUAUGAAAACUUCAUCUUGUUGUCAUUAGAGGCAGGAUUCUACACACUGCCUCUUAAAGUGGGGAUUACCAGGAGCAAACACUCAUCGGGGUUUGUCAGAGGUUUAAAUGCUGCAUCCAUCCAGACAGCGGUCAGUCUGGGACUCCCCCUUGUGGAGGUGAAGAUAAUGGCACAAAUUGACUGAUAGAUGGACCGAAGACAGCCACGCAAUGGAGGACGAGAAGAGCUAUGACCCUGAAGACAGAACACUCAAGUUUGUCGAACGACAGGAUGAUAUUGCCCUGGAUGAAGACCCUUCUGUCCUGAAGGCAGAGAUGUCCUGUGGUCAUGCAGUCACCCCAGAGUCACUGACCGGAUGGUGUAAAUACUUACUUUCCCAGGGGCAGUACAAGUUCAUUUGUCCUGCAUUAAUUGGCAAACGGAAAUGUGAUGUGGAAUGGUCUUACCAAGAAGUGCGUAGGCUUGCUGCUCUGACUGCCCUGGAAAUGCAACAGUUUGAAGAGACCAUGUCUACCCUGGCUUCCACCAAAUUGUUUGAUGUCAAAUCAUGCCCAGGCUGCAAGACGCUGGUAGUGAGACAAGACACCUUCAACUUAAAUGUACACUGCAAAGUGUGCUCUGCAGACAAAGGUCAAGCCUAUCAGUUCUGCUGGCAAUGUCUGAGCCCAUGGAAAAAUCCGGGGUUAGCCAUUGGUCGAUGUGGGAAUACUGGCUGUUCCAACCGGGAACUACAGCUGCUGAAGGAAUGUCCAACCGUCUCCUUGUCCCAGGUACAGGGGGUGACGGAUUGCCCCUCCAUACGUGCCUGUCCCACUUGUGGCAUAUUAUUGGAACAUGACAAGACUGGUUGUAAGAAUUUGCGCUGCCUGCGUUGCAAUAAAGAGUUUUGUUUUGUUUGCCUUAAGCUUAAAUCUGAGUGUAAAAAGACCAGCUCGCCGUACAAACUCUGUCCUUCUGGUGUGGCUCCGAGGCAGAAAGCUAUUCCCAUCUGGAGUGGUAAUCAAAGAUAAUACAAUUUGGGAACGUUGCCUCUGAAUUAAGAUGACUGUGAUACAUUAUUAAUACCUGUCUAUAUUCAUUUGUAAACCUUCAGGAGGAACGAGACUGUUAGACAGCUCAAAAACAAAUGUAACAUUACCAACAACUUUAUUAUGUAUUUAAUUAUUAACUGUCAUCUUCAUCUCUUUUCUAAUAUUCAUCAGUUAAAAUGGCUCAGUCUCCCAUUUGUUAGCAGGAAACAUUUCAUACACAUGAUUAAUAAUUUAGAUCAGAGAUGAUCUAAGAACAUUUUUGAUUAAAUGAAAUUGGUAUUGGACAUUAAACGUUUCUGGUGUUGUAUUAUUCCAAUUGGUCAACAAAUGAACAUACACGAUUUUCAACAGGAUCUUAUAAUGACAGUUAUCAGGGAUAUUUCAGACAUAUACAGUGGGGAGAACAAGUA